AUGGUGUUAAACUAUGUUACAAUAUGUAUAGGACACAUGAAUUUAAAUGAAGAACCUUUAUUUCCACUUUUAAUACCAACCAACAAACAACAGAGUGAAUAUUCAGGCUUUAUACAAGUGUUAGGUAAACAAUACCCAAUCGAAAUUAAACUAUCAAAUGGUUGUGGUAAUAGCAUAAAUAGUGAAACAACUUCAACUUUAUACAUUGAAGAUUUAGAAUUUAAUUGUACAAAAGAACUUUAUGAUAUAUUAUUACCUCAUGUUCAAAGAUUUAUUCAAUGUAAAAAUAUACAACAAUUCUUUUUUGAAUUAAAAGAUAUUUUAGAUAGAAUUACAAUAAAUACAGGUACAUCAACAUUGACAACUUCAAAUAAAAUAAUUACAUUACCAUUUGAUACAUUUAGUUUAAUUUCAAAUGAAAUUGAUGAAAUUGGUUGGAAUAAAGUUAUAAACAUUGAUAAAUCAUUAUCAUCAUUUGAAAUUAUGCUAUUAGAUAUUAAAGAACGUGAAUUCAUUGUUGAAUUUAGUAUACCAAUAGGUUAUCCAACUCAAUUCCCAUUCGUAAAAUGUGAUUUACCACUAAAUUCAACAGAAUUUAUUACAAAAUUAAGAUCAAUUAAUACUUCAACAAAUGAUAAUUCAUUUUAUAAUAAUAAUAAAAAUAAUAAUAAUAAUUUUGAAAACAAUAAUAAUAAUAAUAAUAAUAAUUCAAUAUCAAUUUCAAAUAUUUUAAAAAAGAUACAAAUUAUGAUAGAUUAUGAAUAUCAAGAAUUCUUUAAUUUUAUGGAAGAAAUUGAUAGUGAAUCAUGGGUAUUAGAACCAAUUAAUCCAAGAAGAUCAUCAAUAUUUCGUAGAAUUGCAAUUGGUAACGGUUGUUCUAUUUGUUUCGAAGUUAACCCAAAUCAACCAAGAAUUGCACCCUAUAAAGUUGAUUUCAUUGGUCCAUCAUCAAAAACCCAACCAUUACAUCAACUUUGGAAUAAAAAAUAUAGUGCUCAACAAUGGUUUGAAAGAUCUUCACCAAUUGAUAAUUUUCAAAAAAUGUUAGAACUAUCAUUUCCUUUGAAAUCAAUGGAUAAUACAUUAAUUGAAGAAAUUAUAAUUCAAUGUAGUAUUUGUUAUACUCAUCAUUUACCACAAAAUUUACAACAAGAAACAAAUAAUAAUAAUAAUAAUAAUAAUGACAAUGAUAAUAAUAAUGAUAAUAACAAUAAUAAUAAUAAUAAUAACAAACUUGAUAAUGAAAAUAAUAUAAAAUCAAUGACUUCAUUACCAAAUGUAACUUGUAAUAAUUUAAAAUGUAGUAAACAAUUUCAUUAUCAUUGUAUUAGUGAAUGGUUAUUUUCAUUACCCACAACUGUAAUUGGUUCAAGUUCUAUUAAUGGCCCAUGUCCAUAUUGCUCAAGUAAAAUGACAAUAGAAAAAAUGUUAAAUAAAUAA